AUUCCUCUUACACAUCUUGACUCCAUAGACAUCCCACUUGUCUCCUUUUUUCUUAUCUAUAUUCUUAAAACACUAAGUAAACUAUAGACACAUCAACAUGGAGGACGAGGUCGCGGCGCUUGUCAUUGACAAUGGUUCUGGUAUGUGCAAAGCUGGUUUUGCCGGUGACGACGCUCCUCGAGCUGUCUUCCCAUCUAUCGUCGGUCGUCCCAGACACCUUGGUGUGAUGGUCGGUAUGGGACAGAAAGAUUCUUAUGUCGGUGACGAGGCUCAGUCCAAGAGAGGUAUCCUCACCCUUCGAUACCCCAUCGAACACGGUGUCGUCACCAACUGGGAUGACAUGGAGAAAAUCUGGCAUCACACUUUCUACAACGAACUGCGUGUCGCUCCAGAGGAACACCCCAUCCUGCUCACCGAAGCGCCUUUGAACCCGAAACAGAACCGUGAAAAGAUGACUCAGAUCAUGUUUGAGACCUUCAACGCUCCAGCUUUCUACGUCUCCAUUCAGGCCGUCUUGUCCCUUUACGCCUCUGGACGAACCACUGGUGUCGUUCUUGACUCUGGUGACGGUGUCACCCACACUGUACCCAUUUACGAGGGUUUCUCACUCCCUCACGCCCUUCACCGUGUCGAUUUGGCCGGUCGUGACUUGACCGAGUACCUCAUCAAGAUUCUCAUGGAGCGUGGUUACCCCUUCACCACCACCGCCGAGAGAGAAAUCGUCCGUGACAUCAAGGAGAAGCUUUGUUACGUGGCUCUCGACUUUGAGCAGGAGUUGCAAACUGCCGCUCAGUCAUCGGCACUCGAAAAGUCGUACGAACUUCCCGACGGUCAGGUCAUCACCAUCGGUAACGAGCGAUUCCGCUGCCCCGAGGCUUUGUUCCAGCCCUCUUUCCUCGGUCUCGAGUCUGCCGGUAUCCACGAGACGACUUACAACUCGAUCAUGAAGUGUGACUUGGACAUCAGGAAGGACUUGUAUGGUAACGUUGUCUUGUCUGGUGGUACUACUAUGUACAACGGUAUCGCGGACAGGAUGCAAAAGGAGAUUACAUCUCUUGCUCCCUCGUCGAUGAAGGUCAAGAUUGUCGCCCCUCCUGAGAGGAAGUACUCUGUCUGGAUCGGUGGUUCCAUUCUCGCUUCUCUGUCUACCUUCCAGCAAAUGUGGGUCUCCAAGGCAGAGUAUGACGAGGCUGGUCCUUCCAUCGUGCACCGUAAAUGCUUCUAAACGACGACGCUGAGAUAGAGACUGUGUCGAUGAUUCCCGGUAGUCUAGCUGAAAUGGUCAUUUGUUGAUAGGCUCUGCAGAAUGUGAGAUGAAUGACGAUGGCCAGGCAUUAUGAAGGGGUAUACAUGUGUGAUUGCUCUGACUGUAUUGCUGCCUAAUGCUACAUGCUAUGAGUACUGUGUUCU